AUGAUCAAGCAGAGCCCCAAACGCAUCUGCUUCGGCAUCUUGGUCCCUUCCUCUAAUACGGUGCUGGAGCCUCUCACACAACAAAUCGUCUCUCAACUCGAGGAUGUCUCGGUACAUUUCUCACGCUUUCGGGUGUUGAAAAUCGCCCUGGAUCCCGACGCUUUGGCACAGUUCGACAACAGUGCCAUCAUCGAGGCUGCACGCUUGCUUGCGGACGCCAAAGUUGACGUGAUCGGCUGGAGCGGGACCUCGUCAGGAUGGUUAGGCUUCGAAGCAGACUUGAAACUAUGCGAGGAGAUUACAGCCGCGACCGGCAUUCCCGCCACCACAUCGGUCCUUGGACUUAAUCGACUUAUCAAGCGCUUGGGAGUCACGGAGAUGGGGCUGUUGACUCCAUAUACGGAUGAUGUGCAAUCAGCCAUAAUACAGAACUACCGCGGAUUUGGAGUCGACUGCUCUGUUGAGUACCAUCUGCGCCAAUCCGAUAACGCAGGGUUUGCCUAUAUCUCGGAGAAAACGCUCGAUGAUGGGUUUUGGCAGUUGACACAGAGAGGAGCUCGUGUCAUCAGUGUCUUUUGCACAGGACUCAAGGCGGCGCACUUGGUGGACAAAUGGGAGGCCAAGGCUGGUGUCAUUGUGUUGGAUACCAUAGCGACAGUGUUGUGGGAUAUGUGUCGAAUCGCAGAGGUGGACACGAGGUCGAUUAAAGGCUGGGGGGUGCUUUUCCAACAUUGCUAG